CUUAAACUUCAACAGUGCAUGGAGCUGCUGGUGGACUCUUAAGUGACCGUGUUUUUGAAAACUAAAAUGGAAGAACGGACUUUUGUUACUAUCUCAUAUGUAUUUUUCACGUGCUUCAUGCCCUCCUCACAUUCUAGUGAAUAUUUAUAACAGUGAAUCAAGUUUUGUUAGGCACUUCAAGACUAAUAAACAGAAAACAUGGACUUCUGCAACUACGGCACAGUUAAUAAUAACUCUUCAUCCAUUGGGGAUGACGAGGAAAUCGGUUUACUUCCCAAAAUUGUCGAAGGAAAUCGCAACAAAAUUAUUGGCAUGGAGAAAACUUCCUUUCGGUUUUCACUGUAUUUAUUUGCUUAUUUCAUGUUUUUGUGUAGCGGAGCAGCGGUUUUCAGUUACUUUGAGGCACCUGAGGAACGGGCACUGAGAGUUAGACUUGGAACAGCAGUACAAAAAUUUUUGGUGUCUAAUCCUAACGUUACAGAUGCAGAUUUGGAAGAACUGAUAGUAGAAAUAGUGAGAGCAAAUAAUCGUGGAGUUUCAGCUAUCGAAAAUGCCACUUCAGAGCCUAAUUGGAGUUUUGGUCAAUCAUUUUUCUUUGCCAGCACAGUCAUCACAACUAUAGGAUAUGGUCAUGUUACUCCACUCAGCAGAAAUAAAUGGAUGGAUAUGAAGAAAUUUACGCCUUUUCAAAUGAUUCGAAUAUUUCUUUUAAAUUUUUCAGUUUUAGUACUACUUGUAUUCUUCCUGCUACUCCCAGCUGCAAUUUUUGCGUCUUUGGAACCAGAAUGGGACUAUUUGGAUUCUCUUUACUAUUGCUUUAUAUCCCUCACAACAAUAGGAUUGGGAGACUACAUUCCUGGAGAUUCCGCCCACCAGCCUUACCGUCCUUUAUACAAAAU